UCCCGCUCUCAAGUCCUUUUUUAGUCUUGGUUAAUGGUUAGCUCUCAGGGGGAGUUAACCGGAAAAUUCCCAAAAACUAACCGAAAAGAUGCAGAGGUCCUUCUCGUUGAUCCAGACGGUGGCAAUCUCCGGCGUAUUCUCCGCCGUCUCUUGCUGGUACGGAUUCAUGUUCGGUAGAGAAUCGGCCAGAAAAGAGCUCGGCGGCUUGAUCGAAGAACUCCGCCGCGGAGGUUCCGAUUCUUCUUCUCCUCCUCCCAAUUCGUGAGUUAACUACUCCAAUUCGCCAGGCGCCUCGAUUCUAAGAAAGAAUCUCUUAAGUUUUGAUUUCGAUUGUUCCAUUUAUGUUUUCCAGAAUGUUGACUAUAGUUUCUUGCACUAUAGUCUAAAAGCAAUUAUUGUAUAUACGAUGUGUUAUCAAUAAGAUUGUAUGCGAAAAAAAAUGCAUAUUAUUUGA